AUGGGCUGUCCCGGCGCGGUCUCCUGCCGAAGGUCGCGGGGACGUCCGAGGUUGCGAGUGAAGUCAUGCAGCCCUGGAAGCCGAGAAACCCCUUCGCUAUGGUGGCGGAGGAGCCUUGGGCCCAGGUCUGCCCAGCACAGGUUCGCUGUGGUGGAAAGGGGGCGAUCCGUGCGAGGGGUGUGGCGUGUGCAGGUACCUGGUGCCAUACUCGAGUCACGCUUACAACGCGAAAGGGCCUCGUUAAGCCGAAGAAUUACUAAGAGGAGGACCGAAAUAAAGCGUUUACUUGUGGGCAGUGGGUGCAAAAUAGUUGAUCACAAUAAAGAACACCUGGGAAUGCAGCUUACAGUGUUUGUGUCUUUCUCCCCUCCUGGAUUACUAAUUAAUGCAAAUCAGGAGAGUGAGAGGGAGAACUGGGAAGUUCAGGCUAAUUUGCAGAAAAUAAAUGCUAAGCUUCAUGAUGGAGUGUGUCAGCAUUGCAAAGGUAUCUUGGAGUGGCGGGUAAAAUUCAGCAAGUACAAACUACUGUCAAAACCUAAAAAAUGUGUGAAGUGCCUCCAGAAGACUGUAAAAGAUCCUUACCAUAUUAUUUGUCGACCAUGUGCUGGUAAACUAGAAGUUUGUGCUAAAUGUGGAAAAGAAGAAGAAAUAGUAAUUCCAAUCUGUAAAGGACAAGACAGAACUGAGAGUGUGACUACUGAAAAUGGCCAAGAGAGCAGUGGAUUGGAGGAUGACCUGGAUUUUGAUACAAACUGCAGUAGUACAGGCAGCGAUGAAGACUCUGAUGUGCUUAAAGAACAAUUUAAAAGCAUGAAUUUUGAAAGGACAGAGAUCUAA